UAGGGAACGCCGAGAUUGAGAGUUUGAAGAGUGAAGAGAGAAGGAGAUACACAGACAAAAUGGCCGCUCUGAAACGAAUUCUCAGGUCAGGCCAGGCCUGGCGGACGAUCAACUACGUUAAAUCCUUAACGUCAUUUUCUUCGCCUUCUGCAACUCGAAAUCCUCAACGCCGAUUCUAUUACCAGUCUCUCGCUUACAACAUGCAGCCCAGAACAUCUGAAGGAUUAUGUUUAGAAACAGUAUCGGGAUUUUCUGGGUUAUUUUCAAUACUGCCAGCUGUCUUGGCUGGGGUCCUAGGAGUUGGACUGCAACAAUUGUCUCAUGCAGAUGCCAAUACGGCUGAUCCUCAGGUUCCUCUGCCGUCAGAAUCUCCAUCAAAUUACACUGAUUUGGAGAAAAUUGCUAAGCAAGAACGACUUCGAUUGGAAGAGUUGCUUAAAAGUAAAGGAAUGUUUUAUGGCUCCUAUCCUAGAUUUACUGUUGCUAUAAAGGGUCAAAAGGUCACAAUCAAAUUCCAAAUUCCUCCAACAUGUGAAGCACCACACUUGAUUGUGGACCUAGUUUCACGUCUCGGAUUGAAAGCUGAUGAACGUAGUGGUGGAUCGGAUAUGGUACUGCGUGCUUGGGACAGUACGGUUGCCUGGCAAAUAACGUUGAGACGCCCAGAAAACCAAAAGGAAGUUGGAGCAGAUAAGGAAGUUUCAAAUGACAAGGAUGAACGUGAGGGAGAUUUAUGCAUCCUCAUAUUUCAGUCGCUCAUCAGCUCUGAUAAUGCAGAAAUUGAGUUCAUAAAGCAGGGUAGUUUCAGUGAGAAGGAGCUUGAUGCUUUGGUGUCUGCACUGAAAUUAGCUGGUGGAAGGAUGGCUCCGAGGAGGGCCUUGGAAAGAAGAACCAGAGGAGCAGAAAACAAACCAUAUAAUGAACAGACACCUUCUGCUGAAAAAUCAGCCGCUGCAUUGGAGGCCAUGGGAGUGAGAGUUUUUGGACUCAAUGGAUCCCUUGCAGCUUUUGACAAUGAGAUAUCAUGGGAUAAUUUUGCAGGAUAUGAUCAACAAAAACGUGAAAUAGAGGACAUUAUACUGCUGGCUCUGCAUAGCCCUGAAGUAUAUGAUGAUAUUGCUCGUGGGACCCGGUGUAAGUUUGAGUCCAACAGACCUCGUGCUGUGCUUUUUGAAGGUCCACCAGGGACGGGCAAGACAUCUUGUGCUCGGAUAAUUGCUAAUCAAGCGGGUGUCCCGUUGCUGUAUGUGCCACUGGAGGUUGUAAUGUCAAAGUAUUUUGGUGAAAGUGAGCGUUUGUUGGGGAAUGUGUUCUCUCUUGCCAAUCAGUUGCCCAAGGGUGCAAUCAUUUUUCUUGAUGAGGUGGAUUCUUUUGCUUCUGCUCGUUGUAAUGAAAUGCAUGAAGCUACACGUAGGAUUCUAUCCGUAUUGUUGCGGCAGAUUGAUGGAUUCGAGCAAGAGAAGAGAGUGGUGGUAAUUGCUGCAACCAAUAGGAAGCAAGACCUUGAUCCCACUUUGAUAAGUCGAUUUGAUUCAAUGAUUACUUUUGGGCUACCAGAUCAACAGAUCCGUCAGAAAAUUGCAGCACAGUAUGCCAAGCAUCUCAAAGAAUCUGAAUUAAUUGAAUUUGCUGCAGUUACAGAAGGAAUGUCCGGGCGGGAUAUCAGGGAUAUUUGCCAACAAGCAGAGCGGCACUGGGCCUCAAAGAUAAUUCGAGGACAAGCACCUAAUGAUGCAGAACAAAUGCAUCUUCCACCGCUUCAGGAAUACAUUGAGAGUGCUUUGAAUCGACAGAAGGCUCUACUCAGUAUUUCAGACCUGACAAACCAAAAGUGUAAUGUUUCAAUGAAAAAGAGCCCUUUAAGUUUUGAAUAAUGGACGAUGUACAUAGAUGUGAACCGUAAAGCUAAAAGGGUACAUGGGCAAAUUUAACUUAAUAGUUGAUAUAUUCAAUUUAGAAGUCGUUUGUCAGU